AUGGAUGCUAAUGAAAACAUCCCACCCGAAUGGGUUCCAUGGUACGGGUUUAUCAAAAAGAGUUAUCCAUGGUGGGAAUCAGGCAACUAUUCUCAAAGCAUGCAUGAGCUGCUCAUAGGGUUUAUUAUGGCAGUGCAAAUAUAUAACCAUACAGCUUUCGAAUACAUACUAUCACCACUCUUCCUCUCCUACUUUGGCUUCGGGAUAUGUGAACUCUUUCUCGCAUGUCGAUCAACAAAUGAUAGAAACUGGAUAUGGGGACUUUGCAUGGUAUCAGGACGCAUCAGCCAUGCGAUUGGAGGUUAUACUAUCCUCACUUUCAUAUAUGGCUGGAAUCAUGAACCACUCGUUCGAUAUAUCGGCAUAUUGUUCUUCCUAUAUUUCCCGGUUGUUGUACUUCUAUCUCUUUGUGGAGUUUGUCGUCGACCAAUGAAAACGGACAACAACGUAGCUGAUUCCAAAACAGGCUUAGACGACACUGAAGUUUUACUUGAUGAUAAUCAUGCAGAAAAUAUAUCGGAGAUCCAUUGGUAA